AUGCUAAGACAGGCCAUCAGAAGAGCGUCGUCUCUCCCACCACAUGCUCUAAAACCAGCUUACGGUCCUGGCGACAAAGCCGCCGCCAAGGUAUUCAGAGAAGCCGCCCAAAACACUCAUCACCACGCUAAGGAAACCUCUGGUUUGUGGCUCAAAAUUUCGAUGUUCGUAGCUGCCCCUGCCAUCGCUUUGGCUGCCGUGAACACUUACUUCGUCGAAGCCGAACACGCUGAACACCGUUCGCAUUUGAAACACGUUCCUGACUCCGAAUGGCCCAAGAACUACGACUACCAAAACAUCAGAACCAAGCCAUUUUUUUGGGGUGACGGUGACAAGACUUUGUUCUGGAAUCCUAUCGUCAACAGACACAUCACCGACGAGUAA